AUGCUCUUCACCAAGCUUUCGUGUGCGGUAGCGCUCUCCGCCAUUGUCUAUGCUUCGCCUUCCCCUGCAGGGAACAACAACAACAAUGAUGCAACAGGAACGACUUUGUCUCCCAAUGCUAUUCAAAGCGGAUCUUUCAAUGAUGGGAGUAACGAGAUCGGAUCCGCUGAGGUUGGGCAAGCCAAGUCUUUGACAUCGCAAAAUAACUUCAUCAACAACUGUGCCGGUAAAACUUUGACAAACGGUCUCCAAAUCACCACUGGGUCAUGUAAUGGUAUCCCAAUGGGUGACAUUCCAGCCAAGACAGCAAUGGUUUCCUCAGUUAUCAUCAACCCACAGACAGGUGGCAAGGCGAUUCAAUCUGACACUACAUUCAAUAUCACUGUACAAAUGUCCAAUCUUGUCGCUGGUUCCUUUACUAAUGCAGACGCGACGUACUAUUCUGCACCCCAAGCCUUGCAAAACGGACAGGUUGUUGGACACACCCACGUUACUGUCCAAGACAUGGGCAACAGCUUGAACCCCACUACUGCUCUCGAUCCUACGCAAUUCGCCUUCUUCAAAGGUAUCAAUGAUGCUGGUAAUGGAAAGGGCCUCCUCACCGCCACCGUGACUGGUGGUCUCCCAGCUGGAAACUACCGUGUGUGUACCAUGGCAUCUGCAUCCAAUCACCAGCCUGUCCUCAUGCCUGUUGCCCAACGUGGAACAGCUGAUGAUUGUACUAAGUUCGUUGUCAGCGGCAAUGGCAACACCGCCAACGCCGCCUCAAACAACGGUUCAGGCGGACAAGCAGCGGCUGCCGAGGCUGCGUCAGCAGUUGCGGCAGGCCCUGAUGUUGCCGAGAGCACGAGCGCUGCAUCCGCUGCUUCAAGCACCAGUUCGGCCGCUGAUGCUAAGUCGACAGGAAAUGCUUCUGGAGGAAACGCCGGUGGUGCAGGAGGUAAGGGUGGCAACCAAGGAGCCAAGAGCGGCCAGGGAGCAGCAGGCGGCAGGGGCGGUCAAGGAGCAAGGGGAGGUAGAGCUCGCCGGGAGUUCAUCGCAUAAGUUACAUGUUUGAAAGGGAAAGGCUAAUCAUUUGAGAUGGAUGAGGGGUGUGGUGGAACUGCUGGUGUUUUCCAAUUUUGCGUGGA